AUGGAUGUGCAUCUCUUGGUGUACGAUCUAUCCCGAGGUCUGGCCCGGCAGAUGUCCCAGGGCAUGCUCGGGUUCCAUCUUGACGCAAUCUAUCACACAUCGAUUCAACUCAACGGUCGCGAAUAUGUCUAUGACGGCGGCAUCGUCGCGAUCACUCCUGGGUCAUCUCACCUGGGGCAACCUAUGGAGCGGAUUUUUCUCGGAAAGACGGAACUGCCUAUGGACGUGAUUGAGGAAUUUCUAGAUUCACUCAGGCCGAUCUUUACAGUUGAGGCAUACGACUUAUGGAAACACAACUGCAACAACUUCUCAGAUUCGCUUGCUCAGUUCCUGCUCGGGAAAGGCAUCCCAGAACACAUCAUCAAGAUGCCCGAUGCUGUACUUAGCUCCCCAAUGGGCAGAAUGCUCAUGCCUCAACUGAAUCAAACCAUCAACUCCAGCAGACAGAACGGCUCGAUUCUUGGUAUCCAGAACACCCCUUCCACCAACGGAUACGGCUCAGCACCGCAGCCAACGAAGCCCCAAGCCAAGGUCAAAGUCGUCCACAGCUCUCAGGAGCUAGAUAAUGCUCUCGAGGCUGCAAACAAGUCAUGCGCCGUUGUUCUGUUCACCUCUGCGACCUGCCCUCCAUGCAGAGUUGUCUCGCCCGUGUUUGAUGAGCUGUCCGCCGAAGCCGGCGAUAAGGCCGCUUUCAUCAAGGUCGACGUCGCCCAGCUCACACCGCUUCCCGGGAAGAGCUACCCCCGCGCAACCCCGACCUUCAUCACGUUUCUACACGGAGAGAAGGAGAAUGAGUGGGCGGGUGCUGAUCCCGCUGCUCUGCGAAGCAACGUCCAGCUCUUGCUACAGAUGGCUUGGCCGCGACACCCCCAUGAGUCCCUUAACCUCCCAAGCUUCUCCAAUCCGAAUGCGAAACCAGUGCUGUUCUCCAAGGUACCGCCACUGGCCAAGCUGCUGGGCAAGAUGGGUCCAACGGCAACCGAGUCAGCCGUUCAGGGGAUGAAGCAAUUUGUCGAGGCCCGCGACAAACAGGGCGCCGCAGCCGCUAUUCUCCCAAACAUGGGUGAGGUUUCGGCUUUCGUCCAAAAGUCGAUCCAGUCUCUGCCUGUCGAGACUCUGUUCACCAUUGUCGAUCUCUUCCGAUGCGGGCUUGUUGACGCCAGGUUCAGCGGAUACUUUGCCGAGGAGCGGGAGCACAAGACUGUCUUGGCAAUUCUCAACUUUGUCAACUCGCACAGCGAAUGCCCCUACGCUUUGCGAUUGGUAACGCUACAGAUGGCGUGCAAUUUCUUCUCAACACCACUGUUCCCAGAAGAAAUCCUUCGCAACGAGGCGCUGAGGGCUCCGAUCAUCCAGUUGAUCUCGUCAAGCUUCCUUGACGACAAUCACAACAAUGUCCGCGUCUCCGCUUCCUCGCUCAUGUUUAACCUGGCGUUGUUCAGCAACAAAGCAAGACGAGAGAAGUCGGGGGGCGUGCUGCUCGAGGGCGACAUGGUCGAACUGGCUGCAUCUGUCUUGGAGGCCAUAGGACAGGAGGAGUCCUCACCAGAGGCUCUUCAGGGCAUGCUGCUUGCAUUGGGCAACUUGGUUUACUGCGCACCGGCUGAUAGUGAAGUGACAGAUCUGCUGAGGGCAAUGGACGCAGAGGAUACGAUUCUGGCAAAGAAGAAGCAGUUCCCCAAUGAGAAGAUGAUAGCAGAGGUGGGCGCUGAGCUCUUGGGCAAGGGACUUAGACGGCCGUAA